UACCAUUUAGUGAUGGGCUGUGGGACCAGUAAAGUACUUCCCGAGCCUCCCAAGGAUGUCCAUUUGGAUCUUGUUAAAAAGGUCGAGCCCUACACUGGUUAUAAAACUGACAUAUAUAAACUUUUCAUCAAAGGUGAUGGCGAUGCCAUCAAGUCUGCUAUUCCUUCCCCUCCGUGUCACACCAAUCCGUAUGUGGAACAGCAGGAGCCCCGUAAGAGCAGAGUGGCCAAGUACCGUGCCAAAUUUGAUCCCAGAGUGACAGCCAAGUAUGACAUCAAAGCUCUGAUUGGCCGAGGUAGCUUUAGUCGCGUGGUACGAGUGGAGCAUAAAGCUACCAAGCAGCCUUAUGCGAUCAAGCUGAUAGAGACCAAAUACCGCGAGGGGAGAGAAGUAUGCGAAUCGGAGCUGUGUGUGCUACGCCGAGUGCGGCACACCAACAUCAUCCAGCUCAUCGAAGUUUUUGAGACUCAGGAGCGUGUCUACAUGGUGAUGGAGCUGGCCACAGGAGGCGAAUUGUUCGACCGUAUCAUUGCGAAAGGCUCUUUCACGGAGAGAGAUGCCACCCGAGUGCUACAGAUGGUGUUGGAUGGGGUUAAAUACUUGCAUACGUUGGGCAUAACUCAUAGAGACUUGAAGCCAGAGAACUUGCUGUAUUACCACCCGGGUAUGGACUCUAAGAUCAUGAUCACAGAUUUCGGGCUAGCGAGUGCUCGGAAGAAAGGAGAUGACUGCUUAAUGAAGACCACCUGUGGGACCCCAGAGUACAUUGCCCCAGAGAUCUUGAUCAGGAAGCCUUACACUAACUCUGUGGACAUGUGGGCGCUUGGGGUGAUCUCGUACAUCCUACUAAGUGGGACGAUGCCUUUUGAGGAUGAUAAUCGCACCCGCUUGUAUCGGCAAAUUCUCAAAGGAAAAUACAGUUACUCGGGGGAGCCCUGGCCCAGCGUGUCCAAUCUUGGUAAAGAUUUCAUUGACCGCCUGCUCACGGUGGAUCCCGGCGACCGGAUGACAGCACUUCAAGCCUUAAAGCAUCCCUGGGUGGUAAGCAUGGCGGCCUCGUCUUCCAUGAAGAACCUGCACCGCUCCAUCUCUCAGAACCUCCUCAAGAGGGCGUCGUCUCGUUGCCAAAGCACCAAAUCAGCUCAGUCCACCCGCUCCAGCCGUUCCACCAAAUCCAACAAGUCUCGCCGGGUGCGGGAGAGGGAACUGCGAGAACUGAAUUUGCGGUAUCAGCAACAGUACAAUGGCUGACAGCUCAACAAGAGACU